CUAUGACGUCAGCGAAGCACGAUGGAGUUCGACUCUUGCACCUGUUUGAAGCUCAUUAGGAAACACGCUCUGCCCGGGACCGAUAAGCGAGUUCAGUAACAUACCUGGAAUACAGCGCGCUGCCAAAACAGGAGGGGAUUCAGGGCACGGCGAUUAUAUACUUCACAGCGCUUUCCAAGAAAAGAAUAGAAACGUAUUAUUCUUUGUGUUGUUAUUCGCAUCCACAUUGCCCCAGUGCUGCGGUCUACAGUACCCUAUAACACUUACUGCGCUGAACCAGAUCUCUGCAUUUUAAUAAACAGACUCUAAGUGUAUGGAAUCACAAUCACCGAACAGCAAACCCGACCUCAGGAGACUGUUCUCUGCCUGUGAUCUCAAUAAAUCUGGAAGGAUCGAGUAUGAAGAUUUUGCGGCGGUUUGCCGGGAGCUGAGCGUCCAGCCCUCGCAGGUGCGUCUUCUCUUUAACAAGUUCGAUAUGGACCGGGACGGGUGCAUCGACUACACGGAUUUUUCGACCCGGUUCCACGAAGUUUCAGAAACUUUGGAUCUGGCUUCUUUCGACGGGGCUUCGCAUUCACACAGAAUCGCUUGGGAGGAAUUCGAAGAGAGACUCGGGGAUGAAGUUCGCUGUCUGAACAGCAGCAGAGACCAGUUGGCGGAGCUGUACCAGCAGAUCCAUGCCUGCUCGGAGGAAGCUGUGCUCCAAUAUGAGUUGCUCAUCGAGGGCCUGAUCAGAGAUCGCAGGGUCCACUGUCUGGAGACUGACAAACUGGAGUCCGCUCUGAGAAGGACAGAGGAGAUGACUGCGAGACAUCUGACUGAACUAGAGGAAGAUCUACAGCAGCAACUCUCCAACCUGGAGAAGAGAGUAAGAGAGGAGGAGCGCCAGAAACUGGAAGCAGCAGUCGCAGGCCUUCAGAGGAGACAUGAGAACGAGGUCUCUGAUCUGCAGGCAGCUGCUGACAGGCUCAAAGCGCAACAAGAGUAUCUGCUGCACUUAAUCUCCAAAGAGGAUGUUUCUAAACUUAAAGAUACAAUCCUUGAGCUGACACAGGAAAAGGAACACUUAAGGAAAUGCCUAGAAAAAGCCAAGAUGAGUGUUUCACUUCUUCAAGUAGAGCUGGAUCAACUUAAGAAUGAUUAUACAGACCAAAAAUUACAACAUGAGAGAGAGAAAGAAGCAUUGUCCAAGAUGGCAGAAGAACAACAGUCUUAUUCCAAUCAGAUUGAAAUAUUGCAGGGUGUAAACAAAACGCUGUACGACAGCAACGAUGGGCUGAGAUCGGCUCUCAGUACAAACACUGGGUCUGGAAAGAAAAGGCACCUCUCACCCAGGGGUCAAAUUCCAAUAACCAGAGUGAAGCCCAAUGAACAAAAUGGGCUGCAUGUCAUUAGCUACAGCAGCUUUGCUGGUGAAGACAACAGUAAUGCGUUGGAUACGUAUGGACCCACACCUGCUAAAUACUCUCAGGUUGCCAGCUGGGCUGACAACUACCUGGACAGUGGAGUCUCCGACUCUCACGAUGCCAUCAACGAUCAGGACUCCAGCAAUGAGUACGACAGCGAUCACAGCAACUACUCGGAGGGGACUGUGCACUACAGCUACUCCUGUGUGCCCUCAGACAUUGAGAUGUCUGAAUUGAAGUUGGAGAGGACGCUCGAUAUGGAGUCCUCUUUGGCUGUGGGCCGCCGCAGUUCUGUUGGCUCUUCGAUUAGGAGACGCCUUCCAGCAUUCAGCCCAAAGCUGGCUGAUAGAAGAACGGAGGAUUCCCAGGAGCCGGGUCAAAUGUACAGGCUAGUCCUCGCGGGGGACGCGGGAGCAGGGAAGUCCAGCUUUCUGCUACGACUGUGCAUGAAUGAAUUCAGAGGAAACAUCCCCACAACGCUGGGAGUUGAUUUCCAAAUGAAGAAGUUGUUGGUUGACGGAGAGCGGACAAUGUUACAGAUCUGGGACACUGCAGGACAAGAGAGGUUCCGCAGCAUUGCCAAGUCCUACUUCCGAAAGGCACACGGGGUGCUUCUCCUGUACGACGUCACCUCUGACAGGAGCUUCCUGAAUAUUAGAGAGUGGAUUGAUGAAAUCCGGGAUUCCACAGAUAACCCCAUUCCUCUAAUUCUAAUUGGAAACAAGUGUGACUUGAGAGCAGAGAUGCCGGAGUCCAGCUGUGUGAACACUGCACACGGGGAGAAGCUAGCCAUGACGUACAAUUCCCUUUUCUGUGAAACAAGUGCUAAAGACGGUACCAACGUCGUGGAAGCUGUCCUGCAUCUUGCAAGGGAAGUGAGAAAGAAAGUUAACAUUCAGCAGACUGCCGAACCAGUCAUGAAACUGAGUAUCCAGGAUGGGAAGAAAGCACUGACAAACUGCUGUGGGAUGUAGACACCACCGUCUCUCCUGGCAUCUGAUCAUGCCCAAGUAUUGUUUUGUGAAUAGAUCCAAAAUACAGCAAAUUAACAUGUAGGCAAAAUCGGGCAAGUUUGGUUGGGUGGUUGCACAGUCAACACAGCUGAUCUUUUAAUGCUUUUGCUGACAUUAAAAAAAUGGGAUUUUAAAAUUCAACAAUUUCGAACAAGAACAACAUUUGCUAUUGCUUCAUAGUAAACCCUCCUGUUGCCUCCAGUAAGCAUGAAUAGCAAACUGAUCACAUUUCAAAACUGUACAAGAUGCAUCAGGGUAUGUGUUUUUGUGGAUUUUUUUUUUUUUUUUGGUGAUGGCACUAGUACAUCACAACAGCUUUAGCUCCCCUUGGAGGACUUAGUAUUUUUAAACUGUUGCAUGUAGGUAAAUAGUUUGUGUAUAUUUAACCACUAUAUUAGUAAUGUAUUUUGUACAAAAAAGUUGUUUAACAUGAACAAAAAUGAAGGGCUGUAUAAAAUUAAUGCUGAAAUUAUGUAUAUGUAAAACUGAUUUGUAUGGGUGUGUUGGUGUUGAAUUUAUUAUAGUUUUAUAGGAAAUAAAAUAUAUAUAUAUGUAUUUGUUACAAAACUUGCAUUCUGAUCAGUAGACACAGGCCAGCCCAUUUAGUAUCCCACACAAGCAUCAGUGAAGAGAUCUAUUUAGAUGUUAUCACAACUGCAUGAGCAGUUACAGCAGGACAUGUGUCAGAUAUUCUGUAAAAGUUUCUUGAGGUUAUCAGACCUGGCCACAGUGCCUAUGUUAGGCUGUGAACUGCGCAUUAAAUGCCGAGUCACUUAUUAUAAGACAUUCAUUUAACAUCUCAUCCACAGGAUGGAGCACAACGAGGUGAAGUGACUUGCUCAGUGUCACAGAGUGAGUCAGUCAGUAGCAGAGUUGAGAUUUGAACUGGUGACCUCCUUGUUAUAAUCCCUGGACUUUAAGCACACUGCCUACUUAUAUAGCCAACUUAUUUACUCAUUCAUGUUCCGAAUCAAAAGACACAUUCUGCAGAAUCUCUACAUGUUUAACAUAAGAGGGUGCACUUAAAAACUUGCACUGCCCCCAAAAACAUAAUUUGUUUCCAGUCUUUUAAACUACCUAAGCAUAUAAAGAGUUUUCAGUAACUGACUUCCAUACAAUACUGCUAUUCUACUGAUCGAUUCAUGUUAGCCCUUAAUUUAAGGUGGCUGUCAUCCAGACUGUUUGCAUUAUUCCUUGCUUUCAAAAGAUUUUACAUAUUACAAAAGGUUCUGUUCUUUACUGUAAAGUGCUUAGGACUCAAAUUAUUGCAGAGGCAGUUCAAAUUUAAAUAAAAAGGGGGAGACAGACAGAGCCCCAUAUAGACUGCAAAGAUGCACAGACUGAAAUCUCUACUGCAAUUAGUAUUCAAAAGUACAGGAGUUGGCUUUUAAUGACCAUUUCACCCUAUGAUUUCCCACAAUGACUGAUACUUGUUUAAGCACAUGUGCGAUUUCAGUACUCACAUGUGCGAUUUCAGUACUCAGUCUUGCUAGCCAGGAUAAACUUCCCAGCCAGCUUGCAUAAUCUCAGGAUGCAAACAUCCAGAAGAUCCCAUGUAAAAGCCCCAUUUACAAAAUGACAAUUGUACACACUAGAAGCAAGACCACAGGUGAAAUAAAAAGCUAGAGUUUUAUUUAACUUCAAGUGGGAGGCAAACUCUGAUACAAAAAUACAAGAUUGUUAUAUAGAUUCAAGCAGGGGCAUCUGCUCUUCUCACUUUACACUGUAAAUACUGCUCAGAAGAGUGAAGCUCAUGCAUGCUGAUCAAAGUGCUGCACCCAAUUCAAAACUGCUCCAGUUAAAACACAAGCCAGAAAGGAGACCAUCAGAAAGCUAUACAGCUCCCCUCCCCCCACCCC